AUGUUUAAGGAAGAGCAUUUUAAUAGGUUAAAGAAAAUAAGUGUUAACAAGUAUCAGACGAUUGUAUAUCAUGAUGGAGCUGACGAUCAAUAUCUGUCUCUAAUUUUAAAGAGAAGCAUGACACACACAGUUUGCACUCAACUAAAACCUUCACUGUCUGUUCGGACUCGUGCUCUAACAAACAAGUCCCACACUAGGUUGGCCAAUAAACUGUCGUUGUUAUCUGAUUCUUUGAAUCUGCGUCUGCGUCAUCGGAACAGGAAUGUAGAAAGAAGAAAUCACUUCAAGCAUCGUCAUGUUUUCUUAAAUAGGGAUGAUUGUUUACCUGACCCCAAAUCGCCUGUAGAAGACAACGGUCUCAAAGAACAGUCUGUGAUCAAUUCAAUCCAAGAUACCUCUGCUUCUUCUGUUUCAUCUACUUCCUGUGGGUCUAGUAGUAUGUCCUCCGUUUGUAAGUGGAAGGGUUGUGGGUGUGUUGACAUUGAAAGGACUCAGUUGAUCAGUCACAUUCAACAAAUUCAUGUCGUCCCACAGUUAUCCAGUCGGCGAAAAUAUUUUAGUUGUUUGUGGCAGGAUUGUCGUGUGUUUGGAAGACCUAGUGUUUCGGCUGCGUGGCUGGAACAACAUAUACUUCAUCAUACGGAUGCCAAAGGAAAACCAUUUAGAUGCAUUUUCGAUGCAUGCACAUUACGAUUUUCUACUUCCACAUUGUUAGAACGUCAUGUUCAACGGACACAUAUGCGCACAAAUCGUAUCAAUAGUGAUUCCUUACCCAAAGUAUCUCUAACUGACAAGAACAUACUUUGUCAGCCACAUUCAGAAGAAAUAACUAAUUUACAAAAUCCAUUAAAGAAAUGUACUUCGCUAUCUACCAAAAAAAAUUUGCGCAAACGUAAGAAAACGCGAACUUACCGAGUUCGUCGCUUGGAUUUUUAUGAUUACAGAAGUCAAAUACUGGUUAAAAACAAGUUGAAAAUUUCAUAUCUUCUAAAUAAGGAGCUCACAACAAAAAAUAAUCAUGAACGAUCUCGCAUUUUACCACUGAGUUUUUGCAAGUUACCUUUGAAACUUUAUGACAAAUCUACAAAUCCGCGUGCACGUCCCAAUGUUAAUCCACCAAAUAUCAUGGUUAGUAAAGAAUCGACCCUACCAUCAUUGUUGAGGCAUACAAAAGAUGUUCAUCAGCACAUAUCAUUGCUGUUGACAACUCCUCAUACGUUUGUUGGUCGACGUAUUUCUCUGGAUCAUCGAUGUGAAUUUCUCGUACGCUGGAUUAGCGGUUCUGGACAUAGUGUUAUCCCACCUACUUGGAUGUUCGAAGAGGAACUUAAUGUGGCAGCUCAUUUGGAAAGUAUUUUGUGA